AGUUGAUAUCGGAACAUAGCCACUGACUGCCAACCAUUCUGACAGUGACAACUGACACAGUCCUUGUGUUUUCAAUUUGUAAGGUUAGGUAUUAUUUAUAUUUUGCUUUUGCUGGGUGGCUAAAGAGAAUUUAGCAAAGUAUUUUAAUAAAAUAUGGAAAACUUAAGAUUGCUGCAUUACGAUAGCACUAAAUUAUUGACUGGCCCAAACAGUUUGAAAAUAGUUGAACUACAUGAUGAUUUGUGUUGUUUUAUUACCACUUCUUUUGAACUAAUCGUGCAAGAAGGCGAAAAAGGUACAUUGGCUCAUAUUCCAGACGAGCUCAGAGAUGAUAUCGUCUAUAUAAGCUUUCAGAGUGUAUGGAAUUGUGUUGUUAUUAUUACAACCUCAAUUCCCCUAGUCUUUGAUAUCACUUCACAGAAAUUUCACAAAUGCACAUUUGAAGAUUCAGAUGCACAUACAAAAAUCGUUGCAGCCUCCUGGAAUCCUAUUGAAAAUCUGGUGGUUGUAAUCGAUGACUCUGGUAACUUAUUGGGAUUUACACUUAUCAACCAUGGGCCUAAUGGGGAUAAUACCGGGUAUGGUUUCAAUUUGGUUAAGAGUGGAAAUAUGAAUAUGCCUGACUGUGGUUAUCCUAAAUGGGGAACUUAUAUUCCAGAAUGUAAUGAGGAAAAUAAAGGAAUUGUUCUGGAAUAUAGUUCCCCAAUUAUCUCUUGGAGGGGGAAUGGAAAGAUGUUUGUUGUAAACUAUUGGAAAGAAGAAAGAAGAUUUUUGAAGUUGUUCGAUAAUCAUUUUCGACAACUGUUCGACUCGAAACCUUAUAAUAAUUUAUUAUCUUCGACAACUUUCAAAGGAAUGGACAACUUAAUUUUUUGUGCUGGAACUGAUGGCGAAACUAACCAGAUAUUGAUAUUUGAGAAAAAUUGUCAAAUUAAAUCAAGUUUUUUAGUUCCAGAAAAUAAGGGAGAGAUUAGAGAAAUAGUUUACCAACAAGAAAAACAGUUAUUAGCAGUCCACAGUGAUUCACCAAUUGAGAGUUGUGUGAAUAUUUAUUUACAUGCCAACAACACUUGGUACCUCAAGCAACAAUUAUGCCUUCCCAACGUACUAAAAAUAUCUUGGGUCAAUGAUUUGAAUAAUGCUACUUGUAAACUAAAUGUUUUAACAUCAGAAAGUCUCCAUAAAUAUGAAUAUGCUGUGGAGGUUUCUGGUUUUAGUAAUGCGCUACUAGCAGUUAUUAAUGGAUCAAAAGUUUCAAUAACUUGCUUCUCGGAAGAAAUUAUACCACCUCCCAUGGCUAGUAAAACAUUGACAUUUCAGAAACCUGUAAAUGAAAUAAACUUUCAUGCUUUGUUGAAUAUUUAUGAGUUCGUGAUGUCUGAUGGUCGUUUACAGAAAUAUAAGUAUGAAAAUGGACAAUUUGCAAUUGAUGGGAGUGAGAUUCCAAAUGGAACAUCCAAGAUUUCCAGUAAUAACAUCUACUUAUACAAAUAUAAGAAUGUUCAUAUAGAACUUGAUAAGAAACGAAAUCUAAUUAUUGAUGAAAAGGUGCUUGCAGAAAAUGUAUUAUCACUUUACCUACAUGAUAAUUAUUUACUAUAUACUCAACAUCAGGUGGAAAAAAAUAUUCUCGUCAGUAUACGCUUACCUGAAAAUCUCUUACAUAUUGACCCAAAAACAAUGGUCAAAGUUACAAGAGAAGUGGAACAAGGAGCCAAAAUUAUCACUGUUACAAAUAAACAUCAAGUAAUAUUAGCUUUACCUAGAGGUAACUUAGAAACCAUCACUUCUCGCCUAAUAGCUAUAGAUGCCCUUGAAAAUCUUUUGUCACAAAACUUAUGGGGAACUGCAGUUGAUCAAAUGAGACAUCAAAAAUUAAACUGGAAUUUGCUCAUUGAUUUGAAUAGGCAAAGAUUUUUAGAGCACAUUAAAGAUUUUAUCAUAGCUGCCAAAAGUGCUUGGCUGCUUAAUAAUAUAGUUACUGAAUUUACAAAUGAAAAUUGUCUUGAUACAAUGUAUAGUGACUGGUCUAAUAAAGAAACAGCAAUGGACCGGUAUUUAGAUAAAGACUAUUCGAAAGCUAAUAUUUUAAGAGCCAUUUUAAAAAUGCUAAUGGAUUUGAAUCCACUCUUAAACCUUCAUAGUAUUGUUAUACUGCAGAUUAAACAUUUCACUAUAAAAGGAGCUAUGAAGUCUAUAGAGCAUGCAUUUAAUUUGAAAGAACUUGAUUUGUGCCGCAAAGCCAUUUCAUACAUUCUUCGUUAUAAACACCCCAAAGAUAUUAUCAAUGCUGCUUAUACUCUGUAUAAUAUUGAGUUUCUUUCCUUCUGCUAUUCCUCGUGUUCAGAAGAUCCAAAAAUAUUUGAGCCUAAAAUAGAAGAACUUCUGAGUAUCACAGACGAAAUUGAUUUACGAUUUGCAAUGAGUUGGCAAGGAAAUGAUUUCAAAAUGGCUACUCUGUACCUUGUACGUUCAAAAACUAAAGAUGAAUCAUUUGUGACAAUGUUUAUACAGAAAUAUUCCACGCAUGAAAUAGCAUAUAAAAAUAUACAAAAAAAUUCCCCUCACUUUAAAACAGUUACCAAGUUAUAUUCUGAUUACUUAGGCUUAAGAACCAGACAUGAUGAAGCUGGAUGGGCUUUAGAAAGGGCUGGUCUUUAUACAGAUGCCAUAAAACGCUAUCAAAUUGCACUGAAUUGGGAAAAAAUUGUAUCAAUUUUGAAUAUGGUACAUACUGAAGAGGAAGCUAAGGUUGCCUUGCUUAAAAUAAUUGCGAAGGAUCUGAUAAAUGCUAACCGAGUGGAAGAAGGGGCUCGAAUUUACGAACAAUAUUGUGGUGAUUACAAGUCUGCUGUAUUAGCAUUAACUGAGCAUAAAAUGUUUCAACCUGCUAUAACUUUGGCUAAGCAAUAUCAUGAUAGAGAAUUGAUUGCGAAUUUCAUUAAACCAGGCCUUGUGAAAUAUAGAGAAGAUACACGUGAAACCAUAUCAGAAUUAGGAUCUAAAUUUAAUGACUAUAUGUUGAGAUUGUUGGAAAUUCGGAAAACCAAAUACAAACAGUUAUUGCGCAAACAAAGAAUUGAACACGGAAUAUUAUUGGACGCAUUCCAGGAGGAUGAUACAGAGUUUGAAACUGAUUCUGUAAGUUCUGAAUAUGGAAGCAUAAGUUCGAGAGGUUCUACAGACUCUAUUGGUUCUGCUGGUUCAAAAAAUUCAUCUCGCAGUCUGAGAAGAUUAGAAAGAAAAAAAAUAGAUCUCCGUGAAGGAGGUAUGUUUGAAGAUAUAGCACUAAUCCGACAGUUACAUAUGUUGGCAGUGGAUUUAUACAGUUCCAUAAAAGAAGUAUGGGAAAUUUAUUUUUCCAUAACUGAUGAAAAUAACAUUUUUCAUGCUAAGAAGUUGCAAGAAGAUUUAAGCAAGAUUGAAACACGAGUACUGGAAGGCAUUCCUCUUAUUUGGUCAGAUGUCUUUUUGAAUGCUGAAAAUAGCGAUGACCCACUUUUUGUAGCUGUUACUGAAAAUCGGCAUGCACUAGAUGAACAAUUCCGAACACCGCCAAAACAAUUCAUUGGGAAGCCAAAGAUUCGCUGAUCUUUGUUUUUGUUACCUAGGAGAAUAAACGUUUGUUUUACUGAA